AUGAAGCGCUGCAAAGGAAAAAAAAUAAGAACCGCUCGCGCACUGGCAGGUGACGACGCGACCAGUGCCGCCGCUGAACGGCUUGCCCGCCAUUGCGAGUGGCACGUCUUCAGCCAGGUGGACGCGCAGGCUGUUUUUUCGCGCAUGGCUUUGCAAGGCUGCGACUCAGCGGAGCGCGACCGCCUUUUCCGACCAGUAAGCGGCGUGCGUCCAAACCGCCUCAAAGCCGGGUCUCCGUGCCUUGCGUGUGUGGCUGCGAACAGCGUGAAGCCUCACGCGUCAGUAUUUCUGCCCCCUCUUUUUUCGGAGCUCUUCGCUUUGUCGAGCACCAGAUGA